CCAUAACAGGGAAAUAAUAAGAAUAGGACGAAAACAAAAAUAACACAACUGUAACCUAACUUUUGGAAACGAAAGAGGUUACAAAAAAUUAAUAGAAAUCAGAAUGUCCUUAUACAGACCAGUAUUCUCGCUUCUCAGAAAAUAUGCUGCUCAAAACGUAUCACAUUUAAGAUUAUCAGAAAGACGAUCUAUAAAAAGGUGGGUUGCUCCUACCUUGAAGGAGCUUUAUAGGAGAAGAGUAAAAGUCGGUCCUGAACCAGAGAAACCGCGAUCGGCUUUCUUAGAGUGGAACUAUGACAGUGAACUCUUUGCCUUUGGAAAGCGCCUCGGAGAAGAAAUUGAUAGGGACCUGUUGAAACGAGCACUGAUACAAAAAGAAUUCGCGAAUUUGCAAGAAAUCAAAGCUGAAGAGAAAGGUUUGCCUGUUCCUGAGAAAAUCCACAACUUCGCUUUGAUCGGGGAAGGUGACAAAAUAAUUUCAACUUAUGUGAGAGCAGAGUUGAGAAAAACAUACCCUGAAGACAUAGUGAAUGCUGUGAGUGACUAUUUAACGUCAGAGGACAUGCUUUCACAUAUCGCCAGCCAUAUUGGAUUGAAGGACAUCAUUCUAACGACCGAGUUCCCUGUAGGUAAAAGUACACUAUCUAAUACAUUCAAAGCGAUCGUGGCAGCCUUGAAGCAGUCUCAGAGCUUGGAACGAGCUGACAACUUCGUGAAAGACUUCGUGAUGAGUCAGCUGAAUGGCAAAGACGUGUAUGAAAUCUGGGACCCGAAAGAGCCCUUUGAGUAUCUCAUGAAACUACUGCGAGAGAAGGGAGUAACAGAAGUUGAACCUCGUUUAUGUAACCAGUCGGCCACCAACACAAUUCUAGCGUGUUUCCAAGUUGGACUAUAUAGUGAUAAGAAACUCUUAGGACUAGGCUGGGGAGAGAAUAUCCAAAUCGCCAAAGAGACUGCAGCAAUCGACGCAAUACAGAGGAUUUACAGUAAUUAUACCCCAAAGUAAAAUACCAAAACAUACGCUUUUCCAAAAUCCUGUAAAUUUUCCACCGACAGAAACAGCGUUAAUAAAAUAAAAAUGUAUUUACAAUCAA